AUGAUUUCCAGCAUUGGACUAUUGGCUGGGUACAGUUCUAAACGUUUCGCCUGCAUUGUCAGUGAGAGGCGUGAUCUUAAGCACAGAGUUACAACUUAUCAAAGGGACAAUUCCACAUCUCUUUCUCUCAAUUCUACUUCAUCUGGCCCAUCCACUUAUUCAUACAGUUAUGUGCUCUCGUUUCCUGUAAUGUUGCCUAAGAGUGUGCCGCUGCAAGUGGGUUUAGGGAAGCGCAAUCAUCUCGAUCACCAGUACCAGAUACCAUUUGCAGGGCUCCUGACCUAUGUUCUGCCCCUACCUUUUUUUCUACCCGCCUGA